AUGGCUUCGAUCUUUAUGCCACUCACUGAUUCGACAAAGGAAAAGGUACCUUACGUUAUAGAGGCCAUUAAGGGUGUCAUCAUGCUUUUGACUCCGGAAGCCUCCCAUUAUCUACAUCUCUUUGUAGAUGUGUGGCCCAUUGAUGUUGGUUCAGGACUUUUCGUGCGCAUACCGCGUCAAGAUGAACCCCCUUCCAAGCUUUCCCAAAUGGAUAUUACCAGCCCCUCAGUACCAAACGGGCGGACCAAGCUGAUUCUGCCUUGA